AGGAGAAAAAGAAGUUUUUUCUCUCUCUUUAUAUUAUGUCGACACUCAAGACAAAAGAAGCAAACACCUACGAGGAUAGCAGUGAUGACGAUAUCCCUUUAGCCAAAAGACACGCUAUUCAAAACAAGGAUAGUGAAGACGAGACUCCCUUGUCUCAACGUGUUAAGAGAGUCAAGGAAGAAUCAGACAGUGAAGAUGACCAACCUAUCUCUUCUCGUAAAACCCUCAUGAAAAAGAAACCAGUCAAAAAGGCUGUUAAACAAGAAAAUGGCGAUAAUGAUCAUGUUUCUUUGACAAAGAAAUUGAAGUCCAAGACAGAGGCAAUGGACGUGGAUAUGCCUUCCAAAAAGAGACCUUUAGAGAGCAGUUCCAGUACAACCAUCAAACGCGAGAAGAAAGUGAAAAAGGAAGAAGAUGAUCCUACACUUUAUAAAUGGUGGGAAGAAGAGAAUCCUGUCGAAUUAGAAAGCGAUGAUACUAUCAAAUGGACCAAACUCCAACAUAACGGUGUCUUGUUUCCUCCUGAAUAUGUGCCCCAUGGUGUUAAGAUGAACUAUAAUGGAAAGCCUAUUACGUUAACUCCUGAAGCAGAAGAAGUGGCCUCUUUCUUUGCAGCUCUUUUGGAAACAGAUCAUGCUCAAAACCCUGUCUUUCAAAAGAAUUUCUUUAAUGAUUGGCAAGAAAUCUUGAAACAAGAUCCCAGGAAUCCUAAAAUUACAGAUUUCAAAAAAUGUGAUUUUAGACCCAUUUGGGAGAAAUUUGAAAAAGACAAAGAAAACAAGAAACAAAUGACCAAAGAGGAAAAGUUGCGUGCAAAAGAAGAAAAAGCAAAAGCUGAAGAACCUUACCUCUAUGCUUUAGUAGAUGGUCGUAAAGAAAAAGUUGGUAACUUUAGAAUCGAACCACCAGGUCUUUUCCGUGGUAGAGGUAGCCACCCCAAGACAGGCAAGCUCAAAAAGCGUGUCAUGCCUGAACAAGUCACGCUUAAUCUUGGUGUGGAUGCCAAAAUUCCUGAACCUCCUCAAGGCCAUAAAUGGGCUGCUGUCGUUCACGAUCAGACAGCUACUUGGUUAGCUACCUGGAAAGAAAACGUUAAUGGUUCUAUCAAAUAUGUGUUUUUGGCUGCCACUUCUGCUUGGAAGGGUCAAAGUGAUAUGCAAAAGUUUGAAAAAGCAAGAGAACUCAAGAAACAUGUAAAACGUAUUCGUGAUGAUUAUACUGCAGAAUUAAAGCAUAAAUUAAGUGAAAUACGUCAACGUGCUACUGCCAUGUACUUGAUCGAUCGCUUAGCAUUAAGAGCUGGUAAUGAAAAGGGUGAAGACGAAGCAGACACAGUAGGCUGUUGUUCUCUUCGUUAUGAACACAUCACACUGGAACCCCCAAACACAGUUCAUUUUGAUUUCUUGGGUAAAGAUAGUAUUCGAUAUCAAAACAGUGUUCAAGUCGACUCUCAAAUCUACAAGAACAUCAACAUUUUUAAGAAGCAAGUAGGCUUACCUGGCCAUAUGAUUUUUGAUCGUCUCAGCACGACCGGUUUGAAUAAGCACUUGAAUAACUACAUGAAGGGUCUUUCUGCUAAAGUGUUCCGUACUUACAAUGCUUCCAUCACCUUCCAACAACAAGUAGACCUCUUGACAAACCCUAAUGACAGUGUGGCAGAUAAACUCUUGUCCUACAACCGAGCCAACCGUGAAGUUGCCAUUCUCUGUAACCAUCAAAAGACCGCUUCCAAGACACACGAACAAAUGAUUUCCAAAAUCGGCGACAGGAUCCGUGCCCUUAAGUAUCAACGUAUGAAGCUCCGAAAGCAACUGUUUGCUUUGGACGCCAAGUUAAAAAAGAAACCCGAGUACGCUGAACUCGAAUCAGAUCUUGAUGAAGAAUGGAUUGUCGAGCACGAAAAGGAUUUGGUUGAAAAAGAAAAGGAAAAGAUCAAGAACCGAUUUGAAAAGCAAAACGCAAAAUUAGCUGCUGAGAACCAACCCAUGUUGCCUGCUGCUGAAUUACAAGAGAAAUUGAAGGCUGCUGAUGAACUCGCUAAGCGCUUAAAGAGUGAGCACAACAAGCAAGUGAUUGAGCCCAAGAGCAGUAUGACAGUUGAUAAAUUGAUUGCACAAAUCAAUAAGAUCGAUGAGCGUAUCAGUGCAACGAAAAACCAAGCUACGGAUAAGGAAGAAAAUAAGGAAAUUGCUCUUGGUACAUCCAAAUUGAAUUACAUUGAUCCUCGUAUCACAAUUGCCUGGUGUAGAUCAAAUAAUGUUCCUCUAGAAAAAGUUUUUAGUAAGACUUUGUUGGACAAAUUUAGAUGGGCACAAAAUAUACCUGAUGAUUGGAAAUUCUAGGCUCUCAUUCUCUCCUCCUUUGACUAAAAAAUUGCAUUUCAACCCGAAUAAUAAUAAUAACUAUAAUAAUAAAAAGCACUAUGUAUCACUUUCUGAAAA